AUGUGGUAUAGUGCUUUAGAGAUAGGUCCAGUUCCUGGUUUGAGUUCUAUUCCGAAGUCUACAGAUCGUGAAGGAGAAACUCCUAGUAAAUCCUCUGGGAAGACACUUGGAAAAUCGUUUACUGUGGAUACCGUGUAUGCUUAUGAUAUGUCCAGCUACUAUUACGUGUUCGUCUUUUAUCCUAUUCUCAAGCGUGGUUACAUGCCAAAGAUCAUGUCGUCGAAGUCUACAACAAAGGAAGGUCUGGUAUCACUCCAAUACCCGACGUUAUCGAGAACCAACUACUCAGCAUGGGCUAUGAAGAUGAAGGUCUAUUUGCGUGCUCAAGGGGUGUGGGACGCAAUCGAAUCAACUGAGUCUCUGGAUAGUCUUGAUGAAAGGAAUGAUCAAAUGGCCUUAGCAGCUAUCUAUCAAGCAAUCCCUGAGGAGAUGUUGUUUUUGUUAGCAGAGAAAGAGACAGCAAAAGAAGCAUGGCAGAUGUUAAAAACUAUUCAUGUCGGUGCUGAACGUGUAAAAGAGGCAAAGUUCCAAACUCUGAAGUUUGAGUUUGAAAUUAUGAAUAUGAAGGAGUCCGAGACUAUUGAUGAUUGUGUAGCAAGGUUGACAGAAGUUAUUAAUAAAAUACGUACUUUUGGAGACAAGUUUGAAGAGGCAAACUUGGUGAAAAAAUUUCUCCACUCAGUACCUCCUAAGUUUCUUCAUAUCGCAUCAGCAAUAGAGCAAUUUGCCGAUUUAAAGGUGAUGACCAUGGAGGAAGUCAUCGGUCGUCUUAAAGCAUACGAGGAACGGAUCGGUGGCAACAAAGAGAAUGUUGAGCAUGUCUUAUUGACUCAAGGAGAAUGGAAAGCAAAAGAACGUAGCGACAAUGGAGGCCAUAGCCGAGGGCGAGGUUGCAGUGGUCGCUGGAGAGGGAGAGGUCAUGGACGUGGAAACGACUCGUUUCAUCAAGAGAAGAAGGCUGACAAAAGCAAGAUCGAUGAAAAGGGAGGAUCAUUAGGCAUCCGACUGUAG